CAGAGUGGUUACUGUACAUGCGGGGUGGGACGGCGCACUGAGGAGGCUGCUCCCGCUGUUCCUCCUGCUCCUGCUGCUCCUCCCGCUCCGGAUGGAUCCGCGGCCGCUGUCUGUCUGAAUCCCCGGGAACAGCGACGCUCCUUCCGCUCCGCCUUACCUGCUCGGUCGGUGUGUGUCUCCGGAGUGAAGCGUUCCCCGCGUCGGCUUCUUCAGCGAGGCGUUUUCACAGGACUGGGUGGGAAUGGAGGUCGUGGUGGAAUACGAUUACGACGCGCUCCACGAUGACGAGCUCACCCUGCGACUGGGCGACGUGAUCAAGAACGUGCGGUACUACGAGGAGGACGGCUGGAUGGAGGGAGACCUCAACGGGAAGAGAGGCCUCUUCCCUGACAACUUCGUCAAGGAGGUGAAGAAGGAGUCCAAAGAGGUGAAAGAAGCCAAGAGUGAGACUAAAGAAGAGAGCGCUCCUCCGGUGAGGAGGGAGAAGACUUCAGGGAACGUGGCCAACCUGGUCCAGAGGAUGAGCACCAUCGGCAUCCCCACCGGCGGCUUCCACCCUCACCCGCCCGCCGCCUCCAAGAAGCCGAAGAAGAGACAGUGCAAAGCGCAGUUCGACUACCAGCCGGUGAACGAUGACGAGCUGGAGCUCAAAGUGGGAGACAUCAUAGACAUCACCGAAGAGGUGGAGGAAGGCUGGUGGAGCGGCAGCUUGAACGGAAAGUCCGGACUGUUCCCCUCCAACUUCGUCAAAGAGCUGGACCCCAUGGCCGACGACGGCGAGUCCAACGACGCCCCGGCAGAAGAGACUGACGGAAGUGCGGUGGACGGCAGUGCCACCCCGACAUCCCCUCCGCCCUCCUCCGGGAACGGAGUCAUCGCGCAGCCCAAGAAGAUCCGAGGCAUCGGCUUCGGAGACAUUUUCAAAGAGGGCUCGGUCAAACUAAAGGCCCGACUGCCCAGCCCUGACACGGAGGAGAAGAAGGAGAAGCCAAUCCCAUCAUUACCAUCUGCCGCAAAGCCCGCCCAUCCCAACACGACAGACUCGCAGAAAGCCGAUGGGGACAGCAAAUCCAAAGCGAAAGAGUACUGUAAGGUCACGUUUGCGUUUGAGGCCAAGCACGUGGACGAGCUGAGCCUGAAAGUGGACGAUAUCAUCCAUAUACUGACCAAGGACACGGGGGAGCCCGGCUGGUGGCGGGGGGAGAUCGGGGGCGAGGAGGGCGUCUUCCCCGACAACUUCGUCACCCCGAUUUCUGACGCGGACAAGGAGUCCCCCGCGUCACGAGGGUCAUUGAAGGCAUCGCCGAGGCCGGACUCAGAGGAGAAGCCCAAGAAACCUCCGCCGCCUUCCAAAAGCACAGCCCUCAAGCCGGAGGUCCCCAGCGCCGACCGGAAGCCUCACUUCAGGACGGAGGACAGAGACAAGCCAACACCGGACCCCAAGCCCUCCAAACCCGCGGCGCCCGUGGUCCCGCCCAAGAAGCCCAUCCCCCCUCCGGGCCGCCGGCCGGGAGGCAUCCCGCCCAAGAGGCCCGACAAGCCCCUCGCUCCCUCGCCAAGCCUCAAGCACAAUGGAGAGGUGCCUUCCACGCGACCCAAAUCAGAGUACGAGCCAUUUUUUCCCACCAAGGUCAAGACGCUGUCUGGAGACUGGGGGGAGAAGUCCUCAGACACAGCCGACCUGAUGAGUUUUGAUGAGCUGUCGUCUACCUCGGAGAAGCUCUCUCACCCCACUGCUGACAGACCAAAGAUGCCUGGCCGGAGGCUGCCCACCCAGUUCGGCGGCGGACACUCGCCGAGCAAGGAGGCGAGCGCCGACAAGUCCUUCAAGGCCGAUGAAGAGGACGGAGCCAAAGCGAAGCAAUCAGAAACCAGAAAGCCUUCCGCGAGCACCUUAUCGCCGUCGCCGUCUCUCCACAAGCCGAGCGCGGACGUGGUGGGCCUCAGGGCCCAGCCGGAGCCCGAGGAGGCCGGCGCCCAGCUGGACGAGCUCCGGAGCCAGUUCAAGGAGCUGCUGAUGUCUGUGGAGCUGCUCAAGACCCAGCAAACGAAAGAGAUAACGGAUCUACGGAGAGCGCUGGACGAAGAAAUUCAGAAGCGCGUGGCCCUGCAGCUGGAGAUCGAGAGCCUGAAGCGGAGCGUGCACUCCACGUGAAGCGGCGCCGGCCGGACGGAGACGUGGCGCGCAGACGGAGAACGGGCGGGUGGAGAACGUCUUGAGCCACCUCGAGCACAACCCUUCUUUUUUCUUUUUUUUUUUCUUCUUUUUUCCAAUGAUCUACAUAAACUCCUCCCAUAUUUGUAAGAUUUACAUUUUGCACAUAUAUUUUUUUUCAAGCUAGAUGUAAUUAAAUGACAGAUGUAUAUGUUUUCUCCUCUUUUUUUUUUUUUUUUUUUCUUUUUUUCGUUGUUAUUUUGCCAACACAAUAUGAAAUCCUGAGGCCUUACUCGUGCUGGACUGGCCGCCGCCGCCGCCGCUCUCUCGCCAGGUUCGCCCCCAGUACUACUGACUGUGUAUAGAGCAGGGGGCGCUUCGUUUCCCCUCCACUUUUAAACGCGAUGCACCGAGAGUUGAUUUUAAAAACCAUGUUUGAUUUCA